AUGCGGACUUUCGGACGAAAAGAGGCCGCUAAAUAUCCUGAACUAGUUCGAGAAGUAAAGAAAAAGUUCAAUCUUGCGGAGAAAGUUUUGGAACGCCGUAAACAUCUUGCCGAUUUGGAAAGAGGAGAUUUAGAAAAAAUGGAUGACUUUGACGAGGAUGAUGUAGAAGAGGAAGGCGAUGAGGAAGAUGCAACAAGAAUUCUUGUGGAAAAGAAAGGCAAUUAG